CGGACCAGUGCGCUGCAGCGCUUUGGCGUCAAGUACGGGUACCAAUCGUGCUGACGUCUGGCAGGUACUACUGUAGACUUUAGUACUUGCCGCAACUCCAAUCACCGGCCUUCCGGUGUCUGUGCAGUGUUGCUUGCAGCCAUGGUUAGCGUACAACCCUUAGAGAGUUUCUCAAACUUUCCUGGGACUGACUGAGCUGUGACAGACUGACAGACUGACAGACUGACAGACUGACGGACUGAUGGACUGACACCUACUCUACCGACCUUACCUAACGGUCUGUACGAUCCUACGGCCUAGAGACUCACAGUAUGACGUAGACUUAGACAACUACCGGCCUACGGUAUGGGACUACUGGCUGGCAAAAUAGGGUACACAGGGGAACAUUGGGACUUUGGAACCAGGGCUGAAGCCCUGAAUCCUUCGACAUUCAACGGACUCCUUCAGUAGUGAUAUAUUUUCCAGUGGUCAUGACGCGAUCUGUACAAAUGAGCAUAUCGUAAACAGAAUAAAGAUUUUUUUGAAAUGGUCAGACUCUACUUCUUCAGCAAUUCCCUUGUCCCUUUGACAUAAGGAAAGAGUGAAGUGGCCAUAGUUCCUCCAGAAGCAAAAAGAUGCUCGGUACGAUGACAGACACCAGUGGUCCCUUGAUAGUUAGUUACACAGUACUCAGUAGAUCAGUGGCGGACGAAUAAAAGCUCGCCAAGACCAGGGCGACGAGGAGGAAGGGGUAAUUUCAAGUUUUGGAAUUACGUUACAGGUAGUUGAAGCAAAACGUGAUCAUAGCUGAUCCGAUCGGCAAUUUCCACAAGAUCUGUCUUAUUCCAAACAUUAUUAUUAUUUUGCCUUAAUGGGAAGCUGGGCCCGGUUUCCAGCAGGUGCAACUCCCCACCAAUAGAUGGAGUGACUGGAAGGGGCACUAGUAGGGGGGGCUGCUCGUAUCACCCUGCCUAUUAGGGUCUGAAGAGUCUUUCCUUAAAAAUAAAAGAUAGAAAAAUAAAAAAGCAACAGCAGCAAGAGAGGAACUGGCGCAUUGGAGCAGGUUCAGCAUGUCGGGUACUGAUCACCGCGAAGGUACCGAAGGAGGUAACGGAGGAGGUGACGAACACAGGCGCUUCAGACCGCCGACAUGUUUUCGUUGCCAUGAACCGGGGCACUAUGCUAACCAGUGCCCGAUCGAGGUUCUCGACACUACUCCGACAGACCAUCUACAUCCGCCGACUCACGUCGAUGGAGGUCGCCACGGCGCUACCACUCGCACGGAAGGCAGGGUUCCCCCGUAAGGGAUGAUGAUGUGCGGUCGGCAGUUUCUAAGUUGAAUAAGUUCGUAGCAGCCAUGAAGGAGUUUUACGAUGAAGUGCGCCUGAAGAAGGAGGAAAAGGCGCGAUGAAAGCUAGAGAAGAAAGAGGCAGAAGAACGGGAACUCGCUGAACGUGAAAAGCUCGAAGCAAGGAGGAUGAAAGCCGAGAUGAAGGCUAAAAAAAAGGCUGAAGAUGCUAAGCGUGGUGACGAUAUGGAGAAGGAGCGCAGAGCGGAGAUGAAAAAAAAUCUUGAUAUCCACAUGACGGUUCGGAUGAGUGAGAUGGAGGAGAGUUUCUUCGAAAGGUUUGAGCACACUUUGGCACCCCUUUGCCAAGUCCUGAGAUAUAAAGGGAAACAGAAGGUGUCCUAUAAGUCGGCGAGUGAAUCCACGUCUGCCUCAAGCGAUGGCGAGAGUGACAUUAGCGUCACUCAGGAGUUGAAUGACCACACACGGCGUCUAUGCAUUUCCGAUAAGCGUAAGCGGGGCCCGGAGCCAGUCUUUGAAGACAGCCCACCUAUGGAACAACCGCCUAAGCAUACUCCUAAGCGCGGUGCUUUGAAGCCUGUUAAGCUGACCGCUUGCAUCACACGCUCCAAGGCGAAGUUUCGAACUCCAGCUAAGUCCGCUGGUAGAAGGACUCCUGGAAGGAAGUCACCAGUGAAGACUCCUCUUUCGAAACGGAAGUCGCUGAAAUCAGCCAUGAAGACUCCGCUGCAUGCAGAUCCUUUUACGCCUGGGACACGUGGGGCGCUUGAAAGGAUGCGUUACCGGAACAAGGUGAUUGAGGAGAUUAAAAGUUUGGAUGUUGUCGAGUUACAAUGCCUCUGCGAGGAGGAUGGCUUGUAGUAUGAUGGCAAAAUCGAUGCCAUACUGGUGAUCGCAGACCACCGGGUGACUAGAAAGUUUGGGGCGCAAGUAAUCAAAACGGGAAAUGUUA